GAGCCAUCUCACUUGCCGUACCGGGGCGGGGUACGAGUACAACAGCUAGCUGCAUCUUUAUAGACAUCAACAAUAGCUGUGUCCACUGAAGUUUAUGUAAUUUUGAGAGCUGCCAUAUUUCGCGCGUAUACUCUCUGAACCUCCUACGCAUCUUAUCAGUAUAUGUUUUAAUUAAAUUCACCAGUUUCCUGGAAUAAUUUCCACCUUUCCACUUUUAUUUGCUGGCACAAAUGCUAAUAUUAGCUAGCUAACCUGUCAUAACUUGCAACAGAUACUCGUGCUAAAGGUCUGCGAGAAUGGCUCUAUCGGAGACGGAGAAUGGGUUUUCCGGUGGUGAAGGAGGAGGAGAGGCGGACGCUAUUGUCCAGACUUGUGUGCUGGGCAGCUUCAGUGAGAGAGGCGAGACCACAGCCCUCAUCUCCAGCCUGUCGGAGGUCCACGGAGACCUGGGGCCAAGGGAGUCUACUACAGAGAGGUUCCUAGUAAUAAUGAACAGAUAUCAAGAGCAGCCUCAUCUGCUGGACCCUCAUCUAGAAUGGAUGUUAAAUAUGAUACUGGACUUUAUAAGGAGUGAAAAGUCUCCACCUUCAUUGGUUCAUUUGUGUUUCAAGUUCCUCUACAUAAUCUGCAAGGUCAGAGGCUACAAAAUUUUCAUGCAGCUUUUUCCUCAUGAGGUGGCCGAUGUCCAGCCAGUUCUGGACCUGAUGUCCAGACAGGAUCCCAGUGACUCUGAGACUUGGGAAACCCGGUACAUGUUGUUGUUAUGGCUGUCUAUGACCUGCCUCAUACCCUUCGAUCUUUCUCGUCUGGAUGGCCACCUCGAGUCAGAUGGUGGUAAGGCUAGAGAGCCUAUCAUGGAUCGCAUUCUAGCUAUUGCCAAGUCUUAUCUAGUUGUGAGCGACAGUGCAAGAAAUGCUGCAUCUGUAUUGGUAUCCAAGUUCAUGACUCGCCCUGAUGUGAAACAGAAGCGCCUCGGAGACUUUUUGGACUGGAAUCUAGCCACUAUAUCCCAGACCAAUGAUCAUUCAUUAAGAAACAUUGUGGUGUUGGAUGGUGCUCUGCAGUCUCUGGCAAAGCUCUUCAAACAUGGAAAACGAGAUGACCUCUUGCCGUAUGCUCCUGCAGUUCUACAGUGUCUGGAAAAGAAGCAUCUGUCAGAGAGCAGCGAGGCCAUGCUGAGGAAGCUUGGUGUCAAAUUAACCCAGAGGCUCGGCCUUACCUUCUUAAAGCCCCGUUUGGCCGCUUGGAGGUAUCAGAGAGGCAGCCGAUCCUUAGCAGCAAACCUUUCCAUGUCCCAGUCAGCUGCAGCCAGUACUGGUGCGACCUCUGAAGUGGAGACAAAAGAACAGGAGGAGGACUACGACAUUCCCGAGGAAGUGGAGACCGUCAUUGAACAUCUGCUGUUGGGACUGAAAGAUAAGGAAACUAUCGUGCGCUGGUCUGCAGCAAAGGGCAUUGGGAGGGUGACUGGGCGGCUUCCCAAGGAGCUGGCAGAUGAGGUGGUUGGAUCAGUGCUGGACUGCUUCAGCUUCCAGGAAACGGACAACGCUUGGCAUGGAGGCUGCCUGGCACUUGCUGAACUGGGUAGAAGAGGACUGCUGCUGCCUUCCAGACUGACAGAUGUUGUGCCACUUAUUAUCAAGUCCCUAAUCUACGAGGAAAAGAGAGGAGCGUGCAGUGUUGGUUCCAAUGUGCGUGAUGCUGCCUGCUACGUCUGCUGGUCUUUUGCGAGGGCUUAUGAACCCAAGGAGCUCGAACCUUUUGUCACUCAGAUUGCCAGUGGUUUGCUGAUCACAGCUGUGUUUGAUCGAAAUGUUAACUGCCGCAGAGCUGCGUCUGCUGCCUUCCAGGAGAAUGUCGGCAGACAGGGGACAUUUCCUCAUGGUAUUGACAUCUUAACAGCAGCUGACUACUAUGCAGUUGGUAAUCUCAACAACUGCUACCUGAACAUCAGUGUCUAUAUAGCAGGUUUCCCAGAGUACACCAAAUCCAUGAUCGACCAUUUAGUAGCUAUGAAGAUCAACCACUGGGAUGGUAUGAUUCGAGAGCUUGCCACUAAAGCUCUCCACAACUUGACGCCUCAAGUGCCUGAUUAUAUGGCAGCAACAGUUUUACCGCAGCUGUUGAAAAUGGCCGUGGGUAUUGAUCUCCAUGGCCGGCAUGGAGCCAUCCUGGCUUGUGGGCAGAUCACACAUGCUCUGUACAAAGUGGGCCUUCAAACCAACAGGACUGUGGUGGACAUGAUUUCCCCAGAAUGUGUGGAUGCCUUAAAGAACAUUUACCAAAUGCUACACGACCGAAAACAGUACAGGGGGUUUGGUGGAGAGCUGAUGAGACCAGCAAUUUGUAGUCUUAUAGAAAAGCUGUCCCUGUCCAAAAUGCCUUUCAAGAACGACCCCAUCAUUACUGGCUGGCAGUGGAUUAUAGACGACACCAUAAAGACUCUUCAUCUUGUUUCCAGUGGAGCAAAGGAUGGCAUUUUGGCUGCACUUGUAUCAGCCUUGUCUGCCUUGUGUGAGGAGUACUACCAGGCCAGUCCAGGCCAGGCUGACCCACAAAUGCAAGAUGCUCUGGUGUCUCAGUACACUGAAGGGCUUAACAAUCCACAGAUGCUCACUCGUUGCGGAUCUGCCCUGGCCCUUGGCUGUCUGCCAAAAUUUAUGAUCCAUGGCAAAUUGAAGCAGAUCAUUGAAGGCCUCCGGCAGAUGUGCGCUGAAACCCAGAAGGAAGGGACUUUUACAGAGGCGAGGAAAGAUGCAAUCACAUCAAUAGCUCAAGUGAGUGUGAAAGCAGGCGCUUGUGCUGAAGGCUCUCCGGACUCUACCCUGUGCUCUGCGAAUGUAGACGAGGUGUAUGGCACUCUCCUCUCCAGUAUGAUUGAUUACACAACGGACAGCAGAGGGGAUGUCGGAGCCUGGGUCAGAGAGGCGGCAAUGACUAGUCUGAAGGAUGUGACUAUGCUGGUGGCUAGCAGUGCUCCAGAAAUCCUUUCACCAGACAUGGUGAAAUGUAUGAUGUGCUGCCUGGCCCAGCAAUCUGCAGAGAAGAUUGAUCGCUACAGAGCCCACGCUGGCACCAUCUUCCUUCACCUCCUUCACAGCACAGAGCCUGUAGUACCUAACAUUCCCCACCGAGAGGAGUUGUUGGGCAUUUUCCCUGUUGAGACCACAACCACUCUGAACUGGAAUGCUCCAUCUCACGCUUUCAAGUAUAUCGCCCAGCUGCUGGGAUUGCCCGAGUAUCAGUACCACACCCUGCUGGGGCUCACAGUGUCUGUGGGAGGAAUCACAGAGUCCACAGUGCAUUUCUCUUCCCAGUCUCUGUUUGACCAUCUUAAAUUGAUUCAGAGCGAUAGUGCUGCUCUGGGACAAUUUGGAGAAACUUUGCUGAGGAUCUUCAGAGACAAUCUUCACAAUGACAGAGUGUCCGUUUCCUUUCUUAAGAUGCUCAAUCAGAUUCUUGCUAACAACUGCUUCGAAAUAUUCACCACGCAAGAGAAUCAUCCGUUCUGUGUGGACCUUUUGGCCCUUUGCAAAGAAUUCAAGAAGUCUAAAGACAUUUCCAAGCUGCGAGCAUGUAUAUCAGUUUUAUGUGGGCUGAUCCAGUUCCAAGGUGAGGUGAGAAAGAAGGUUUUGUCCCAGCUGCUGCUGCUGCUCUGCCAUUCAUUUCCUGUGAUAAGAAAGACCACAGCCAGCCAGAUGUAUGAGAUGCUUCUGACCUACGAUGAUGUUGUUGAUCCAGAGGUGUUGGAUGAUGCCAUGACUUUGCUAAGUGACACUAACUGGGAAAGCGACCUUGCCACAGUUCGGCCACACAGGAAUCAGCUUUGCGACUGGUUAGGAGUCCCCAGGCCACAACCAGUUACAAAGCAGGGCCCUGUCCAGGUUUCCUGAUCACUCACAGGAAAUGAAGAACAUCCCGUGUUAGGUAGCCCUUCCAUUUACCAAUAAAACACAUGGAAACAGCUGGAAACAGUCAAAAUACAAUAAAUGUAUAAACGAAAUUA